AUGGGGGACGAAACCGACGAACAACUAACAACUGAACCAACAGAUCCACCUCAAGAAUUUUCUGAAUUCGACUUCUAUAAAGUAUUCGCCGCCCCCCUAAUUAUAAACCUAAAAUGUCACCGCGAUCGUUAUAACGGGGCAGCUUGGCUAAAAAAACUAGAAGACACGGAACUAGGUGAAGAAUCUCUACGAGCAAGUUAUCUAAAACUGUUGAUUCUAGCCCUGCAACGUGGUAAAUUGUCCGGCAUUUUCGCAGACAACCCCAAAAGUUACGAACUGUUGGUGGACUUCCGGAAGGACUUCGACAUUCACGAGUUCGCUAGGUGCAUGAUAGAGCAAGAAACCAAUGCGAAAAUGUUACGGAUUAAACAACAGUUAACUGGCCAAACUGAAAAUCAACCGAUGCACAUCGAUUUAUCCGCCAGUUUGCAAGAGUACGUUUCAGCCCAAGACAUACCAAACUUCGGCGUGCAUUGUUAUUACGCGUUUUCCCACGAACCUUUGACGAAAUGGAAUGAGAACCAUGUAACUAAGAUGCCGGGCUUUGUGCACAACGUCAAUCCGAUAGAGAAUUACGCUCGAGAAUUGGAAAGGGGAAAAAUGAGAUCUGUUGAAGGUACGGGAAGACAGAUACCCAUUUUGGGACUGGUUGAAGACAUUCUGUACACUGAACGAAAUAGACAACCAUUAUGGGGCUCAAAUAUAUUCAAUCUACGUUCUAACACACCUUCCCCAUAAUCUUAAGAAGAAUUUUUAAGAGAUAUAUUUUAUUUUUGUAGUUGAAAUGUCAAUGUCAAUAAAGUAAUGUCAAUGAAGA